AUGGAACUUAUUGAACGUAUUAAGCCAACAAUGUAUAUUACAAAGGAAAUCAAACAGAAAGGAAUAAAGUAUCUGGAAGGCUAUUUUGAAAGUCCUUACGGCGCUGUUUUUCCAGAAAUGAUGCCAGGCAAUGUUAGACGCGCCACUUGGUGUGGUUUCUUUCCAGUCGAGACAAGGAAUGCACUAGUUAUUCAUUUAGCGGGUACUGGUGACCAUUCAUUUUUAAGACGGAAAUUAGGUUUUGCAAACAGUCUUCUUAAAAUGGGUAUUAGUUCAAUUUUACUCGAGAAUCCAUUUUAUGGAACUCGCAAACCUUCCAAUCAGUUCAGGUCUAACUUGAAUAAUGUGUCGGAUCUUUUUGUUAUGGGUGGUGCACUUAUAGCAGAAUGUAAUUUUUUACUGAAUUGGGCCAAGGAAUCCGGAUAUUCUCCAUUAGGAUUAUCAGGAGUAUCCAUGGGUGGUUAUAUGGCUUCAUUAGCGUAUACAAAUUCCAGUGGUCCAGUAUCAUUGGUACCAUGUCUUUCUUCAUCUACGGCUGCUCCCGUUUUUGUUAAAGGCGCUUUAUCUCAUGCAGUUUCUUGGGAUUUUUUGGAUAUAGAAUUAAAAAAUAAAUCGUUUCGAAAUGCUAUAAAGCAAAUACCUGAUUGUGAAUGGAUAGAAAAAGCUUAUGAAUUGAACAAAUGCACCAAGGGAAUUUCUUCACAUGGUGUUGCUAAACAGUUCAUGUAUAUAUUAAUGGAGGAAUUCACAAAUAUCGGAAUGUAUCCAAAGCCGUUCGACACAUCAUUGGUUAAAAAUAUAAUCGCUGAAAAAGACGCCUACAUUGUCAGGAGCAGUGAACCAACUAUGCAAGAUAUAUGGCCCGGAUCUUGUGUUGAAAUUUUAAAAGGUGUCGGCCAUGUCACUGCUUAUCUUACCAACCAUGCAAUUUUCCGGCGAUCAAUCGUCGAAAUGCUACACAGAAAUGAUCGCAUUUAUCAUGGUUUUAGCUAA